AUGGCCACAUCUGUAAUGCCCACGUCUCAGGCUGCUCCCUUGGUAGACGGAGUCUUCGCAUCAGUCUUCUCGCCUUUGGUCGUCAAGCCUCCCAAGCGCCGUCGCCGUUUCGCCCCCAAAACCCUUGCAACCAUCCCGGAGAUACAGACCACCUUACAUCAGCACCUGAGAGUCCUUCUGGGAAUCGGUGACGAGUCUUUCUUCUAUGGACAGGAGCAAGUGGUGUCUGAUACUGGCUCUCCCUUUCACAGUCACCUCGAGUCCUGUCCGCCACUCAAUCAACUCAGGCAGCCAACAGCAGCCGACCAUGCCACGCAGAUCACUAGGGAGGCAGAGUCUCCAAUCUGGGGUAUGCUGGCCCGGUGGCGCGCGGCGGUCGGCUCUGAGACAGUGAUCAAGCUCCUGGCGUCGGUACUCAAUGAUUUGAUGACUGAGUUUGUGACCUGGUCCUACGCCGGAAUCUACCGCCAAGGCCUGCACCUGCACCUUGAGUUUUGGGUAGAACAUUUGUUUUCCAGGAUUGCACGCAAGGUGCUCUGUUGUCUCGACGAAAAGUUGGAAUCACAGACCCUCCCGGAGACCGAGGUGAGGAAGUGGAAGGACAUGGCCACUGCCCGUCUCGGCGCUUUGCGGGUCGACGAGCUCUUUGAAAUUAUAGUGGACUGGGACGCCACCGCACCAGCAAUCGAAGACUUGCGCCAUUUCACGACAAACCCUACGACGAGAGGGUACUUGACGCACAAUUUUGUAAGCGUCCUGCAAGCACGUCUUCUCCACCCGGGCGCAUCAACCAUCGAGAUCCUACAAUUUUACAUUUCCAUAAUCCGCUCGUUUCGGAUCCUCGACCCGCGAGGAGUCCUCCUGGACCGUGUCAUCAGGAGAGUCCGUCGCUACCUCCGAGAGCGAGACGACACCGUCAAAGUGAUUGUGAGCGGACUGUUGGCAGACAUUUCGCCAGACGAAGAUGGGCAGCCCCCACCAUCCGAUCCAGACGUCCUUACAGAACUCGCUCAUGAACUGACCAGCCCCACCAGCCGAGACAACACUACAGAUGACAGUGAAUUCGACUGGAACAAUAUGGACUGGGUUCCCGACCCCAUCGAUGCCGCCCCAGACUACACCAAAUCCAACAAGACCACAGACGUGAUUGGUAGUCUCGUCACACUGUUCGAAACGAAGGACGUCUUUGUCAAGGAACUUCAAUCCGCCAUGGCGGAAAGGCUUCUCAAGAAUAAAGCCGACUUUAACCAGGAGAUCGGUGUGCUGGAGCACUUGAAAUUACGUUUCGGGGACGCCGGAUUGCAAGGGUGUGAAGUAAUGCUACGGGACGUUCUGGACUCGAAGAAAGUGGACAAAGUCAUUAGGAGGGAUUUGGAAGUGCAACAAGCCAAGAAAGGACGUACCCUUAAGCACAAUGAUGACAGUGUCCAGAUUCACGCAAAGAUCCUCUCCCGCCUGUUCUGGCCGGCCAUGCCGGAGCAAUCAUUUAACGUCCCAGCAGUGGUGACGGAGCAGCAAAGAAAUUACGAACAGGGCUUUGGAGCGCUCAAGCAGUCGCGAAAGUUGACCUGGGUCAAUACCAUCGGUCAAGUGGAGGUCGAAUUGGAGUUGGAGGACCGGACCUACCACGACGAAGUUCUGCCAUGGCAAGCGACCGUCAUUUACGCGUUUCAAGAUGACACUGCAGGAACAGCAGGGCAGCCUGUCCAAAAGACAGUUACGGAACUUGCCUCUGAGCUUGCAAUGUCGCCGACCCUCAUUCGCUCGGCUUGCAUAUUCUGGGUAUCAAAACGCAUUCUCGCCGAAACCUCGCCGAACACUUUCUCUGUUCUGGAACGACUCCCCAGUGGAACCAACGACGACAAUGACACGCUGAUGAGCGAAGGUGGUGCGUCCGCCAACCAACAAUCAAACAGUCGUUUGGCAGCUGCCGAAGCAGCCGCUUUCGCCGCCGCGACGAGGGAAGCCGAAGAAGCGGAACGCAAGCAGAAGAUGGCCAUGUAUCAUCGAUUCAUUGUCUCGAUGCUCACGAACCAGGGCGCCAUGCCGCUGGCCAGGAUUUCGAUGAUGUUGUCCAUUGUGGUCCCGGGCGGGUUUCCCUUUAGUAACGAGGAAUUGAAGGAGUUUCUGGCGUCCAUGGUGAAGGAGGAGGCUUUGGAAGUUGGCACAUCGGGUGUUUACAAGGUGGCGAGCGGGGGAUGA